GAUGCAACAUUUUUUAUGACAGAUCAGCGGUCGUGAACCAUGGAAUGUGGGAUCAAGUUCGGGUUGAUCAUGGCAAGGAGUUCUACCUGUGUCUUUACAUGCAGGAGAGGCUGUCAAGAUACAGACACAACCUCAGCAGGCCACCAUACCUCCAAACCACAUCAACAAGGAACCUUCGUGUGGAGAGGUUAUGGCCAGAGGUGAACAAUCGUGUGAACUACCCACUUAAACGGGCUCUGGUGCACCUGCUGGACCAAGAGGUUUUGAACAUGGAGGAUAACCUCACUAGGUUCUGCAUGUCAAAUCUGACAUGUCAAGUAAGCCAAAUUGGACUUAACAGAGUUGUGCGUUCAUGGAAUGCACACAAGAUACCAGGUCGUGGAAUACCCAAUGAACUAGCAGCAGAUGGCUGCCGGGCUAAAGUAUCCGAGGAGCUGCUGCCAUGUGCUUCUGUUGUGGGAAACCUAUAUGAGCAAGACUUGGGAUCCUCACUAACUUGGGAGUCUGUAUUUGGAGCUGAUCCAUUUUCAUGUGAAGAAGACAGAUGCUAUGCUGAGCAGAUCUUUGCAGAGAACUACCCUGACAUCUCUCUCAUUUUUAAUCAUGUGGUAAACAAUGAUGAUACUCCUUUCCAAGAUGCCUUAAUCUGCUUAAUGAAUGUGACAGCGAGAUAUGUCUGAAAAAA